AUGCUUAGUCCAAAGAUGCAAAGAACUGUAAGAGUGAAUGAUUCUCAAUUGGUCAUGUUGUCAGAGCGAGCACAUUAUGAUCACUCUCUUUCUGGAUAUUUGCAUAAGCGGACUGCUGACUCUGCUAAAUGGCAAUUGCGGUGGUUUGUUCUCUAUCAAAAUUUACUCUUUUACUACGAGAAUGAAACAUCCUCGCGACCUAGUGGUAUCAUUUUUCUGGAGGGCUGUUAUUGCGAUCGGUUCAUCACGGCAAAAAGCAAGGAGCCAGAUAAACAGCACUGUUUUGCCGUAUCCUACAGACGAGAAAAUCAACGGCAGUACGAAUUAAAGGCUGCAACAGAAGCAGACUGUAAGAUGUGGAUUGAUGCGAUUCGUGAAGCCAGUUUUAAUAAACUACUGCUGCAAAAAGAAGAACUGGAGCAAAAACAUUUGCACUUGUUGCAAAUUGUGGAAAGUGAAAAAACAGCCAAGUGGCAGUACACUCGGCAAUGCGAAGAACUUACAUCGGAAAUCAAAAAGCUUCGUGCUGAGUUGUGCACACUGAAGAAGGAAUUAAGACCCAACAAUGUUGUUCCUACCACCACGUACGGAAUGGGGCGAAAUCCUUUACAGAGAACUUUGUCACAAUGUAGCGGUAGUGAUAAUAUUGGGGAUAGUAGUAAUACUUCUACAAGUGGAAACGGCCCUUCCGCAGGAUUCAAAGAGAUUGCCGAAGGUUCUUCCGAAAUGCAAAAGAUUAAGAAGGUCCAGAGUUUCUUUCGUGGCUGGUUAUGUAGACGACGUUGGAAACAAAUUGUUGAACAGUAUAUCAAAAGUCCACAUGCAGAGAGCAUGCGCAAGAGAAAUAGUUUGGUCUUUCAAAUGGUGGAAGCCGAGGAAGAAUACACAGAUCAAAUGGAAACUCUUGUGAGUUGUUUCUCCAGGCCAUUUAAGAUGGCUGCUAGUUCAAAAAAACCACCAUGUAGUCACGAAGAUGUCAACAGUAUCUUCUUGAAUAGCGAGACAGUGUUGUUUUUACAUCAAAUAUUUUUAAAAGGUCUUACAUCCCGUAUGGAGAGUUGGCCAACCCUUGUUCUAGGUGACUUGUUCGACAUGCUGCUUCCAAUGUUGUCGAUAUAUCAGGAAUACGUAAGAAACCAUCACUAUAGUCUUCAAGUCUUAACAGAAUGUAAGCAAUCUUCGCCUGCAUUUGCCGCUCUUUUAAGUCGACUAGAAAAUAAAACCGCUUGCCAGGGAAGAUCUCUCGAAACUUUUCUUACAUAUCCGAUGCAUCAGGUUCCUCGAUAUAUAAUAACUCUACAUGAGCUUCUUGCCCAUACUCCACAUGAUCAUGUUGAGCGUAAAAGUUUACAGAAUGCUCGCCAACAGCUGGAGCAUCUCUCUCGACAGAUGCAUGAUGAGGUAAGCGAGACGGAAAAUUUACGAAAGAAUUUAGCCGUAGAAAGAAUGAUCGCUGAAGGUUGUGACAUUUUGUUAGACGUCAAUCAAGUAUUUGUUAGACAAGGAGCACUAAUACAAAUUACAGAAAAGUCCCGAGGUGCUCGAAGUAGGUUAAGUGCAACAUUUGGCGGAAAAGGUGGAAACAGUGACAAAGAGACGUCUAGACAAUGCUUUCUAUUUUCGAAUCACUUAAUACUUGCAACACGACAAUCAGAUGACGACGGGCGUUUAAAUCUUGUACCACAGAUUGGUAAAAUCCCUCUCUGUGAUGCCAUACUAAUAGAAGAUCCCAGUGAUCAGAACGCGACGGACGAUGAUGCGCUAUCAGUGUGCUCGAUGUCUAGUGGGAUCAGUGAAAGUAGUGGUAGUGGCAGUGGAAGUGGAGGUACACACACGCAAAAUCGUGAUUUUAAAAUUGUACUCGACUUAAAAGCAGGGGGUGGUCAAAUGAUAGUUCAUCUGAUCGCACCAACAAUGCAGGAAAAAGCUGCAUGGAUUAGUGAUAUUAGCCAGUGUAUGGACAACGUGCGUUUUAAUGACUUUUUACACAGUUCAUUGUCAGAAACUAGCUCUGUCACAAUGCCGCAAUCCAUCAGAAAUGAUCCGAAGCUUUUCAAAGAUGAUGUGGAUAUAAGAUUCAGUCGUACACUAAACUCUUGUAAAGUACCACAAAUCAGAUAUGCAACACCGGAAAGGUUACUUCAGAGGUUAACGGAUCUUCGAUUCCUGAGCAUUGACUUCCUUAAUACCUUUUUGCUCACAUACAGAGUGUUUACUGACGGUGUUACUGUAUUAGAAGCUCUAAAAAAGGUUUUUUAUGACACAGAGCCACCAGAUUCUCAAAUAUCUUAUGGUGGGAUACUUUCCUUAGACGUCUUGGACAGUGCAUCUGCUGUUCAGUCGCAACAUUUUGAGGAGAGGCCUAGAAGAAGCUUAUCACCUAGGCGAACAAGUGGUGCUAGCUCAGUAUCGGGUUACGGGUCGGAAGUCAGUGACAGUCGAGAAACGUCACGGAAUCAUUCCCACUGUGAGAAUACCGCUGUAACUACUAGCGCACAAAAUCAAAACAAUGUCAAGUCUUCUCACUGGCGUUCCGGAUUCCGCAAAAUGGACGAGGAACAUUCUCAUCAUCACCACCAUCAUCAUCUUCAUCAAUUAGGUCAGAUCGCUGAAUCUACGCCGACAAUUGCUAUCAAGCCUAGUCCACAGUCACAGAAUACAACUUCGUCUGAAAAAUUAGAAUCACCUACUGAUUUGACUCAACGAAAAAUUAGUAUUCGAAUACAAAAAGACAGCGAAGAAAGUGACAGCGGGUCUAUUCAUUUAAAGAUUCCAAGUGUUAUAACUGUAUCGUCAAGCGCAGAAACUCUAACAGAUGUAACCAUCAUUAGUGCACCAUCCUCUCCAAGUAACUUGAGUUCAGUUACUCUGGUUGGAUCAACGGGUUCUGGAUCUGGUUCGGAUCCGAGCCCUCAUGGAGAAGCAACAGGAAGAACUUAUUCGGGCGACAUUUCUGAAGACACUGAUACAUCGCUUGGAAUGGAAAUGCAGUCAAAUCAAGAAAAUCGUUUUACUUAUGACGAUUCGUCGUCGCCAUCGUCACCGCCGCAAUCAUCUACUUCAAUGCAAUUCGAUGAUAGACCCUCUACAACAUCAUCGAACCUGGCGUAUGGUGAUGAUCGACAAUCUUCAGCACACUCAGAGUGUGGUAAGAAUGAUCAAGACUCAUCGGAAGAUGAAUAUGCAUCGUCUUCUGCAGCUGCAGUUACUGAAAAUUCACAACAUCAUCAACAUAAUCGCAGUAUCCGCGCUUUUCAUAGAGCUUCUGUUGUAUCUGCUCCACCAUCGAUGGCUAGAAGCGGAUCUUUUUCUAUUGCGGGGAAUUAUUGGGCGGGCAGGAGGUCCAUCCAAGAAGGUGAGAUGAAUUCGUGUUCUCAACAAUCUAGUUUUCAGCAUGAUGUCCAACAAUCAUCCAGCAAAGCUGGUGUAGUCAUUACAAGUUUUCGCCUAAGCCGACGACGGAAUAGCAACUCAACUGCAGCCACAGCAUUCGCUAUAGCAACUUCAGCAUCCAGUAAUCCUCCAGACAAAGUGCACGAUCGUCAUGGUAUGGAUAAUGAUUGUGGAGGAGGUUAUCGCAGUGGAUCCUGUAGAUUUAAAAAUAGAAGAAAGGAAUCUGUCAUGUCGACGGCUGCCACAAUGCGUGUUUUGAAUGUUCUCAGACACUGGGUCUCAAAACAUGCUCAAGACUUUGAACUCGAUCAAAGAUUAAAAGAUUUAACCAUAGAAUUCUUGGACGAUAUAGUAUACAGUCCGAAUUUACUUCCUGCUGAACACAAAGCAGCUAGUCAACUGCUCCGAUUGAUUACCAAGGAAGAACCGGAGAGUAGUAAGGUUGACCUGAAUCAAUUGCUGAUUCCACCUUUGACACAAACAAAGGAAAACAUAGAAACCCUAUCCGCUUUAGAAAUAGCGGAGCAGAUGACUUAUUUGGAUCACCGGAUAUUUAUUUCAAUUGCUAGCGAAGAAUUUUUGGGCCAAGCAUGGAUGAAAACAGAUAAAGCAACACGAGCACCACAUAUUAUUUUAAUGACAAGACGGUUCAAUCAAGUGUCACAACUUGUCGUUUCGGAAAUUGUUAGAAGAACUAAUAUGUCCGCAAGAGUAGCAGCUAUAGAGAAAUGGGCCGCUGUUGCCGAUAUAAGCAGAGUGCUUCACAAUUAUAAUGGAGUCUUACAAAUAUGUGCUGCUUUUACCAACACUAGUGUCUAUCGACUGAAGAAAACCUGGGAGAAGGUUUCCAAAACGACAAAACAAACAAUUGAAAGACUUCAAAACAUAGUUUCAUCUGAUGGAAGAUUUCGAAAUUUACGAGAUGCUUUACAUCGAUGUGACCCACCUUGUAUUCCCUACCUUGGACUCUACCUCACUGAUCUAUCUUUCAUCGAGGAGGGAACGCCAAAUUUCACAGAAGAUGGCUUACUUAAUUUUUCCAAAAUGAGAAUGAUAGCCCAUGUAAUUCGUGAAAUACGACACUUCCAGCAAACUCCGUACAAGAUAGAGUUAAUCUCGAAAGUGACAAAUUACCUUCUAGAUCCAUCUCUUCUUCUUGAUGAUGAUGAAAUGUAUCGUAUUUCUCUUGAAAUUGAACCGAGGACCUCGAGAUUGAGUAACGCAGGAUCAAUUGGCAUUCCUUUGUCGCACUUUGACAUGCAAUUAGCAAAUGGAAGCUUCGAUAACAGUAUUGACGAUGAGACUGAAAUGCAUUUAGAGGAAAAUAUUUAUAUCGCUAAAGCUAUUGACAAUGAUCGUAUUGGAAAAACUUGUGAGGCUGAGAAGACAUGUUUGACAAUGGACAGCCCGUAUGAACGUGGAAUUUCCCGAAAUUUAAAACCUCAUACCUGCGCAGUUCCCGAGCUUUCCGAUAUCUCCGGUCACCAUCGAAGGAAAGUGAAAACUUUGGGCUCGUAA